AUGGAUGUCAGCCACCUCAUUUUGGGACGCCCUUGGCAGUAUGAUCGGGACGUUUGUCAUAAUGGCAAGAAAAAUACAUACAGCUUUGUGUUUGAAAACCGUAAGAUCAUCCUCUUACCAGCUCCGGAACCCACGUCUCUGCCUUUCCCAAAACCAGAAGCUGUGGUUCCCAUCACUGCUUCACAAGAUCGUAAUACCCAUCCAGCACUCUUGUGUUCGAGGAAUCAGUUUGAGACAGAACUCCGAGAAACUGGUUUUCUGUUCGCUAUCAUCCCUGUUAAUACUGACGCACCUAAACCCUUGUCUGAGCCUCUAGGUUUUACAAAGUUGCUGUCAGAAUAUGAUGAUGUCUUUCCAACAGAUCUACCGUUGGGUUUACCAUCUCUUCGAGAUAUCCAACAUCAAAUUGAUCUAGUGCCUGGUGCUUCGUUGCCUAAUCGUCCUCACUACCGUAUGAAUCCUCAAGAGCAUGAGGAACUUCGUCGUCAGGUUGAAGACCUUAUUGCAAAAGGACAUAUCCGGGAAAGUCUCAGCCCAUGUGCUGUUCCAGCUCUUCUAAUUCCUAAGAAAGACGGAACAUGGCGAAUGUGCGUCGAUAGUCGCGCUAUCAACAAAAUCACGGUGCGGUACGUUUUCCUAUACCACGUCUUGAUGAUUUAUUGGAUCAAAUUGGAACAGCGACGGUCUUCUCCAAGCUUGAUCUUAAAAGUGGCUAUCACCAGAUUCGGAUUAAGCCAGGGGAUGAGUGGAAAACUGCGUUCAAAACGAGAGAAGGAUUAUUUGAGUGGCUUGUAA